AUGAAUUUAAUUCCGAAUUUCUUUGGCUACAUUCGCGCAAGCCUUGUGGAGGGGGGUUCCAACGAGGAUUGCCAUAUUCAAUUGCUACAUCGAGAAAUCUGUGAAGGCAUCCCUGUUGUAGAACAAACCGUUCGAAUGACCCCUCCGAGCCUUAGUCUACGAUCGUCCAAGCAACUAUCCGGUCAGCCCAAUCUUACCGCGCAGGCGAUCGCUGAGGCUUGGAAGGACCUUUACUCCGCUGAUCAAAAUCCCCAUGGUGUGAUCAACCUGGGAGUAGCCGAAAACUCAUUGAUGCAAGAAUUCUUAGUCCAAAAAUUGAAAGAAAACAUAUCUCGUUUCGAAUCCCGGCAUCUAAAUUAUCAGUCCUUGGGGGGUUCAAGUUCAUUCAAAGAAGCGAUGUGCCAUAUUCUGAAUAAAUAUUUUAAUCCGGCCAUGACUGUCAAGCCGAACCAUUUGAUUGGCGCCUCGGGAGUGACUGCAAUGUUGUCUCAAUUGAUGUAUGUGGUAUGUGAUGAGGGUGAUGUAGUCUUAAUUUCAAAGCCGUACUACUCAGGGUUCAAUCAUCUGGUCAAGCAAGGCGUCCAUCUGAUCGGCUUCGAAAUAGACGAUCCCCUAGAUCCUUCGUCUGUUUCAAAAGCCUUGGAAAAAGCGUAUCUGAAUCAUCAUGGCCAACCUGAUGGGGUGAAAGCCGUGAUCCUAUGUAACCCACACAACCCAAUGGGCUAUUACGUUCAAGAAGAGGUAUUAUCAACGUACAUCCGGUUCUGUGAAGCUAACAACCAUCAUCUAAUAGUUGACGAAAUCUACGGCUUAUCGGUCUUCGAGCAAGGACCAACAACAAAUGAUCCUCCUGGAACUCAAACAACACCCAACAAAUUCAUUUCCACUCUAUCAUUAGAUCAUCAGCGGUUCAGUUUUGAACCAAGUAGAGUUCAUGUUUUGUACGGGAUCAACUUCGGUUGUUGUGGUUUACGAGCAGGCAUUUUGAUCAGUCAAAAUAAUCCCAGCUUGCUUCAACUGAUCACGGACUUGAAUCUGAACCAAGUGCAGGUUUCCUCUCUCACAGAAUUCAGUUUUGCAAGCUUAAUUUUAGACAGUAGUGGUAGCCAUGGUCACCAAGAUUUUCUAGAUUCUUAUGUAAUCGAAAAUAAAAGGCGAUUGCAACAAGCUUAUCAGACGGUCACUGACAGGCUCAACAAAUUAAAGAUCAAAUAUAACAAACCAUCAAAUGGCGGGUUUUUCUUAAUGAUAGAUCUAUCAAGGUAUUUGAGGAACCCACCCGACACCAACAACAAAGAUCAACAAUCAGAGGAGAGUGCAAUAAUACAAGAAGAAAAGCUAUUCACAACUUUACUAACUGAGUAUAAAACCUACCUCGCACCGGGAAAUGUGUAUCAUUAUCCUAAACCAGGUUUCUUUAGAUUGACAUUCACUGUCCCUGCGGAUCAGUUAGAUCUUGGCUUACAAAGGCUAUCUCAAUUUAUGGAAUCCUUUGAGACUCUCCCUGCUCUUUCAAACCUUCAAAUAUCCGGAUAA